AUGCCGGAGGGAGGCUCCGAGGAGCGGAGGUGCGGGGAGGAGCGGGGCGGCUGCGCCCUCCUCCUGCUCUCCCUCCUCACGCGGCUGUGGAGACUCCUGACCUUCGUGGUGGCCCUUCCCGGCGUGGGCGUGUGCAUGCUCAACUGCUACCUGAAAGGGAAGCACGAGCACGAGCGGCCCGAGUUCAUCCCGUACGCGCACCUGCACCUCAGAACCAAGCCUUUUCCCUGGGGCGAUGGGAACAAAACUCUUUUCCACAAUCCGCGUGUUAACGCUCUCCCAACUGGUUACGAAGAUGAAAACUAAGCCCUUGACCACAGCCCAGACUGUGGCUCUUCCUGCAUUUGGAGCAGAGUGUUCUCUGGGA